AUGUCAAACGCCGCCGCUGCCGAUGUCAUCCUGCGUCUCCUCGCCAACUCGGCCUCAGACUCCAACAAGGGCCGCCGCAGAAGAAGAUCCAGCCGUCAAUCAUCGGAUGAAGAGAUCUCUGAAGGAGAAAUGUCGGGCAACUCGGAUGACCAGGAAGACGACGAGGACGAGGACGAUGAGGGUCCAGUUGAUGAGUACGACGCCGACUACUUUCGUGAUGCCCAGGAUCGCGCAGACCUGAUGGCCAUGGCCGAGGUCGAGCGUGAGCAGAUUCUCUUUGAGCGUGCCAAGAAGCGUACGGUGCUGCUGGAUCACAGACAGGUCGCCAAAAGAUUGAAGAGACAGGAGGAAGCAAACAGGAGCACCAGGAAGGGCAGUGGAUCGGCCAACAGGGAUAACGCUCGCCGAUCGACGCGUGCCAAGGAUACAAAGACUGGAAACACAAAAGCCUUGGCUGAUCUGAAAAAGGCACAGGAGCGCAAGAGGGCUCGUCGAUCACACUCACCAGAACCCAAGCGCGGACGCAAAGGAUCAGAGGAUUACAGCGACAAGAGCGACUCGCCCUCAUCAGAAGACGAAGCCGACUACGACUCGGAACCAGAGGUCAAGAAGUCGACGAAGAGCAUUACCCGGAAACCAGCCACACUCGAUGAACUCAACUCGAUUCGACUCGGAAGAGAUCGCCUCUCCAAAUGGUGCCACAGCCCCUUCUUCAAAGAUACAGUCAUUGGUUGCUUUGUCCGUUUGUCUCUUGGUCUGGACAGGAACCGUAUCCACAUUUUCCGAAUUGCUGAAGUGGUUGCCGUGAACAAGCAGCAAAAAGUCUACACGAUUGGAGAAGGCGCAACGACAAAUCUGAACCUGACCUUGCGACAUGGAAACGCCGAGAAGAACUUUACGAUGGACUAUGUCUCGAACGGACUGUUUACGGAUGACGAAUUCCGACGAUUUGAGAUCCAGCUCAGAAGUGACAAAGUCGAUAUUCCCACCUCGGAUCAUGUUGAGCGCAAGCGCAAGGAUAUCGAACACGCUAAGGCCUAUGUCCUGAACAACACCGAGGUCCAGGAGAUUCUCGAGCUCAAGAAGCAGCUCAAGCAGGGACGACUGAACCCAAUCGUUCACAGGACGAUAUUGGAGCAGAUGAAGAUGGAGCACACCAACACGGAGGAUAACUUCGAGAUUGAUCUCCAACUCCAGGCUCUCAAGGAAUCCGAGUUGGCUCAGAAGGAUAAGCGUGCAGACAAACUCGAUGUCUGGGCAGCCCUGAAUGAGAGGAACAGGACACUGAACAGAUCGACUGGACGGGAGGCCGAGGGUCGAUUUGCUCAGGAGAAGAAGCUGAAGGGAGCGGGCAAGAACGAUAUCGAUCCAUUUGCUCGACGCAAGACGAUCCCCCGUUUGAUCUACGAGGAUAUCUCGGCACAGGAUAUUGGCAACGGAAAGGCAAAGGCGUCGGCCGAGGCCGUUGCGAUUGCGGCAGAGUCGACCAUCAUCGCGACGCCGACUACGCAGUCUGUCUUUGAUACACCUGCGAUGCCCAAGCCCCGUCUUGAGGAGAUGAUUGCUGCCAGCAAGGACGAGUUUGACCUUGACCUUGACCUCAGCGAUUAA